UAAGUAUCCCUAACCGCGUCGUCGAUACAAGAUGGAAACAAGUAAAAGGAAUUUGACAAAAUUUUAAUAAUUUUUAAUGGAAUAUCACUUAAUAUUCCAACAAAAACAAGUGUAACCCAAACGCCAACAGUAAAUUUCUUUGGCCGCUUACGGUUUUCAACAUAAAAACUGCUACAAAAACUCAGUAAAUGCGGUGCGCGAUAAACUGAACACCAAAAGAAAAAAAAAGAGAAGUGGUAGUAAAAUUUUUUGCAAUGAAAUUGACGACACACAGGAACGUCGGUCGGUCAUCGAAAAAGAAGUGAAGCGAAAAAAUUAAUCGAGCAGCAGAAGACGAAACAAAAACGUUUGCGUGCAAGGAAGAUUUGUGUCAACAUUUCAGUGGUUCCAUGUCGACCUGGAACAUUGAAGCGUUCCUUGCAGCAUAAAAUUUGGAAAUAAAUCAACAAGAAUAGUGUGGAAUUUUUCUUUUUUUUUCAUCGUCAAAGAAAGUGAGCGGUGGUGAGAAAACAAAAAAAAGAACAAAAAUAUUCUGAAGAAGAAGAAGCACACAUACAUUCAAUAGUCAAGAAGAAGAAAGUCAUAUUAACAAAAAAUAAUAAAAAGAAAAGAAAAAAAUCAGGAUUUUUUUAUUUGGACACAUUUUAAACUGAAAAUAACACACACAUUUGGACUCCUCCUGUUGUUAUUGUUGUUAAUGUAAUCGAUCAAUUAGUGCCGUGCAGUAAGGCGAACAAACACAAAUAUUUGGAACAAAGCAGCGGCGGCAACGGGAAACGCUGCUGCUGUUUGUGAAAAAAAAGAGACCACUUCGUUGUCGGUUGCUUGCUUGCAGAUGGUAGCAAAAAUGUGCAAGAUCACAAAGAAGGAAACAUGUUGAAAUUAUGAUCAAAUCCAGAAAUUGUUUUUCAUUUUAGAAAACAGCAACACCACCACCAGAGAUAUGCUUCAACAUUGAAAUAGGCGCUUUAAACCUAACAAAAAUAUUACAAUACAAAUUGUUGAAACUUACCUUAAAGUACUCCCACAAAAGCCAACAAUUCAUCUUGGGACUUGCUUGAACGUCGUUUUGUAGUAUCAACCCCGUUAUAUUGUAUUGCCUGCUGGUCGGCAGCAGGCCAUUUUUAUUUUUUUCUCUCCGAUCGUCUUAAAGAAAAGCUGCCACCAUUCGGAAGAAAAAUACCAACAACAUGACCCAUAAUCUCGGUAUGGCGCCAUAUCGUAUGCCGGGUCCAGCAGGUGGACUAUGUCCGCCUGAUUUCAAGCCACCGCCACCAACGGAUAUCAUCUCGGCGCCGAGUAAUCCGAAAAAACGUCGAAAGACAAAUGCCAAUUCGGCGGCAGCAGUUGCAGCAGCAGCUGCCGCGGCCGCAGCAGCAGCUAGUUCAAUGCAACAAUCACAGACACCACCUACACCGCAGGAUCUGUUGCCGCCGCCGCCAAUGGGUGGCUAUGGCGAUACAAUUGUAGCUUCGAAUCCUUUUGAUGAUACUCCGCCUUCAAUGUCCAGCUCGAUGUCCUCCAUGAGUCAUAUGGGUGGUCCCCCAGGACAUUUUGGUCCCGGACCCGGUCCUCACAUGGGUAUGGGAGGACCACAUGGGCCACCACACAUGCAUCCGCACAUGCAUCCUCAUCAUCCCGGCGGUCCUCCACAUCCACAUCAUCCAAUGGGUGGUCCACCGAUGCGUGGUAUGAGUCCUAUGGGAAUGGGCAGUCCAAUGGGAGGUCCUGGCCCCGGUCAUCCAAUGGGUCCUGGUGGACCUAUGGGUAUGCCACCGCACAUGGGCGGACAUGGUCGUCAGGGACCCGGUGGUCCCAUGGGCAGUCCAAUGGGCAGCUUGGCGUCAAUGGGUGGCAUGAGUCCCAUGGGAGGUAUGGGUGGUCCCAGCAUAUCACCGCACCACAUGGGCAUGGGUGGUCUUAGUCCUAUGGGGGGUCCGGUACCAAAUGGUCCCCGCGGCAUGAGUUCUCCCAUGCCGGGAGGACCAGGUGGUGGUUCUGGGCCUGGUCCUGGACAAUGUUCACCCAUGAAUUCAAUGCCAAUGGGUUCGCCCAUGGGCGCAGCAAUGGGUAGCCCCUUAGGUCCACCAACAUCUCAACCAGGCCCGCCACACCCGCAAAAUCAAUCGCAACUUCCUCCGCCUCAUAUGAACAACGGUCAAAUGGGCCCGCCUCCAAUGCACAGUCCCUUAGGUAAUGGGCCUGCGCCUCAGAAUCACAUGUCCGGCGGUCCAGGACCAGGUCCUGGGCCCGGUGGACAGCUCCAGACUCCCUCCGGUAUGGUUCCCAAUCAACAAGGUGGUAUCUCUCCUGCCCACAGUAUGGCCUCAGGCGUCAAUAGCAAUAAUUCAAUCAAUAGCAGCGGUAACAACAACAGCAACAAUCCCAAUAACAGCAACCAACAACAACAACAAAGUCAACAGAAUCCCAUGCUUUCGCCGGCGGCGUUAAGAUUGGGUAUACCACAUUCACCAUCUGCCAGUAUAACUCCGAAUGGACCCUUGCCGCCGACCUCAUCAACACCCUCGUCAUCUUCCUGUGCGUCAUCAAAUUCAGCUACAACGACGACGACAACAGCGUCUACGUCAGUGCCUAUAUCUUCACCAGCGCCCGGUAACGGGCCUCCUGCAAUGUCACCCCAUCAUGCAAUGUGCGGUAGUGGUGCCCGACCGGGACCUAGUCCAGGGCCAGGUGGUGGAGUGAAUAGUAAUAUGCCUCCUGGUGGUCCAGGACGUAGUCCCUUGGCAUCGCCAGCCCAUGCGGGUAACUCGAACAGUAACAACAACAAUAGCAAUGCAGCUGGCAAUAAUUCCAUGGGUAACAUGGGUGGUGCUAGUCCACACAACAACAACAAUGGGCCGUCAAGUGCGGUCACCUCACCGCUGGGCUGUGGACCGAAUAACAGCGGCAAUAAUGCCAACAACAACAACAAUGGUCCAAAUUCUGGCGGUCCAAUGCAGCAGCAGCAGCAACAACAACAAAUGAAUCCUAAUGUUCCUAUGCAACAGCCACAACAGUCACCGCAUGCGCAUGUGCCGUUGGGAAGUGGUGGUUCUACGGGCAGUGGCGGUCCAAAUCAAAUGCUGCCACCGCAACAACCCUCGCCACAUUUAAAUGCACCUCCACAACUUUCACAAAAUAUGAAUCAGGGGUCUGGGCACGGGCCCAGUCCUGGACCCAGCGGUAUGCCCUCACCGCAUAUGAUGCAUGGUCCCGGUGGCGGAGGUGGUGGUGGUCCACCAAUGGGUAUGGGUUCAGGGCCUCCAAAUCACAUGGGCGGCGGCCCACAUCACAUGAUGGGUCCGGGCGGUAGUCCACACAUGGUGCCCGGCGGCAGUCCUCACAUGGGUCCUGGCGGCAGUCCACACAUGGGCCAGGGUCCCAAUGCACACAUGGGCGGUAUGGGACCCGUUGGCAUGGGUCCCGGCGGUAUGAAUGGACCACAUCAACAUGGACCUCAUGGUCCACAUGGACCACAUGGUGGUGGCGGUAUGCCACCGCAUCAUCAUCACAAUCCUAUGGGUGGCAAUGGUCCACCUGGCAUGUUUGGCGGACCAAUGGGCCACAUGGGUGGCGGUCAUAUGGGUCCCGGUGGGCCAAUGGGACCAGGUGGACCCAUGGGUCCAGGAGGUCCUAUGGGUCCAGGAGGUCCUAUGGGACCGGGUGGUCCCAUGGGCCACGGGGGGCCAAUGGGCAUGGGUGGUCCCAUGGGUCCGGGUGGUCCAAUGGGUCCUGGCGGUCCCAUGGGCCCCGGCGGCCCAAUGGGCCAUGGCAACCCCAUGGGUCCCGGCGGUGGCCCCCCCAAGCCAAUGACAAUGGGUGCUGGCAAAAUGUAUCCUCCCGGCCAGCCAAUGGUGUUCAAUCCGCAAAAUCCUAAUGCGCCACCAAUCUAUCCUUGCGGAAUGUGCCACAAAGAGGUCAACGAUAAUGACGAAGCUGUUUUUUGUGAAUCCGGUUGUAAUUUCUUUUUCCAUAGGACAUGUGUUGGCUUGACGGAGGCCGCCUUUAAAAUGCUGACGAAAGAAGUCUUUGCUGAAUGGUGCUGUGACAAGUGUUUAUCAACCAAAAACAUACCCAUGGUCAAAUUCAAAUGCUAAACAAGGCAACGUCACGUAGCUUGAAUCUUCUUUGAUGGCGACAAUGCAACGAAAUUUAACUAAAAUGCAAUGUGUUGGUUGUUUAAAAAAAAUAUAUAAUAACAGAGACAAUGAGUGAUAAAUAACGAAAAAUAAAAACAAAAAGCAAAACAAGCUAAGAAGUAAUUUAUAUAAAACAAAAAAAAAAAAAAAUAAAUCUCUCCUUUUCCCUGUCACAUCCAGUACAUAGACAUAUAAACAUCAUACCUACAUCAUAAAAAUAAUAAAAAUGAAAUAAUAAUGAGAAAGGACUGCCUCUUGAUUGUAAAAAUAUUAAUAUAUAUACAUAUAUAUAAUAUUAAAAAAGAAAUUCAUUAAUUGAAAGAAAAAAGAAAAAUAAACAACAAAAAAUAUUGCAACAAAUUAUGAAAAAAAAGGAUAAUGUAAAACAAAUGUUAAUGUAUUAAAAAUACUUAGUAGUUUAUAAACAACAACGAUUACGGAAAAACAACAACAGCACCAAAAAAACAAAACACAACCGCCACCUCCAACACCACCACCAUCAUCACUACCACAAUUAAGCACCACAACAGAGACAAGAUUAUCAAUUUCAAAUCCGGCAAACCUCCCAACCACCAUUGAAACAAAAGCAAGAAAUAAAGCUCAUCAGCAUAAGGAAAUCUACAAAAACACCACCACCACCAACAACAACUACAACAACACAUCAUUCAUGAGUAUAAGUACUAUAAUUAAAAAGUAAAAAAUAACUUAAAUUAGGAAAACAAAAAUGCUAAAAUAUAACAAAUUGUAUAGAUUUUUUUUUUGAAAAGUAUAAAAAUUAACUACAAAAACAAAACAAACUGCAAACAAAAAUAAAUAAAAAAAAAAAACAAAAAACAAUACAACAACUUAAGUUACAAUGUAAGCAAUUGACGGAUAAAACAAAAACAACAACUACCAUUUAUAUCAUGUUUAAGUAAUAAUAAAUUAAAAUAAAAACGAAAUAACAAUAAUAAUAAAAAAAGAAAAACAAAAAAAAA